AUGGAGGCUGAGGGGCCGCCCCAGGCCAGGAGGUGCUACCAGGAGGCGCUGGGGAAACUCUUCCCUCGCCUCUGCUUCCUCUGCUCCUUGGUGACCUACGCGCUGGUGGGUGCCCUGCUCUUCUCGGCCAUCGAGGGUGGCCAGGACCGGGGGGCAGGGGACCCAGAGUUCGAGGAUUUCUUGGAGGAUCUCUGUGGCGUCUUGAAAUGCAACAGAACUGUCAUGGAGGACAGGAAACUGGACCUCAGGAGGCUGCUCUCCAGGGUGAAGCCCCAGUGGCUUAGCACGUCCACAGACUGGUCCUUCCUGAGCUCCCUCUUUUUCUGCUGCACAGUGAUCAGCACCGUGGGUUACAGUCAUGUCUACCCGGUCACCAGGCUCGGCAAGUACUUGUGCAUGCUCUACGCUCUCUUCGGCAUCCCCCUGAUGGUCCUGGUCCUCGCGGACACGGGCGACAUCCUGGCAACCGCCUUGUCUACGUCUUAUAAUCGGUUCCGAAAACUCUCAUUCCUCAGCCCUCCCCUUCCCAGAUGGUGCUCCCGACUGCGUGGCAGGAGAAGGCCGGACGCCAAGCCCACGGACCAAGCCAUGCCCCAGAUCGUCAUUACUGCCCAAGAGCCCCCGGACCCUAAACCCGGCAGGGGUCCCGCAGCCCCGAGCAGCAACGUGGAGCUGCUCGAGAGGCUUCUUGCCGGAGAGAAGCAGAACACACUGCACCUGCCCCCGCGGGCCGUGGUGAGGAGCACCUCCUGCCCCGAGCUGGUGUCAGGGACGCUCUCGUGCUCCAUCAUCAGCAACCUGGACGAGGUGGGCCAGCAGGUGGAGAGGCUGGACGUGCCCCUGCCCGUCAUCGCCCUCGUCGUCUUCGCCUACAUCUCCUGCGCCGCCGCCGUCCUCCCCACCUGGGAGAAGGCCCUGGACUUCCAGGACGCCUUCUACUUCUGCUUUGUCACGCUCACCACCAUCGGGUUUGGGGACACUGUUUUAGAGCACCCUCACUUCUUCUUGUUUUUCUCCCUCUACAUCAUCAUCGGGAUGGAGAUUAUGUGCAUUGCUUUCAAGUUGGUGGAGAACAGGCUGAUUCACAUGUACAAAAAUCUCAUGCUGUUCUUUACAAAAGAGAAGUUUUCGGACGCUGCUGAAACGUGA